AAGCCAAUGUAUUCCCUGUAUAGUGCACUACUUUUGACCAGACCCCUUUGGGUCAAAAGUAGUGCACUAAAUAGGGAAUAGGUUGCCAUUUGGGAUGUAAUCUUGCUCUGUAGCGCGAGAGACAGCUAGUAGGAAGUGCAGCCCUGUUGCCUCUCCACUCAUCUCAUCAAUGCAGCUUUCAUUCUGCCUCAGAGGGCCAAGAUGGAGGCUGUACAAAAGGACCACUGGUACUUCAUGGUACUCCUCAUCUUUCUCUCCAGUCUCGAAGUUUCUGUGCAGCAGAGAGAUGGUGUUACCACGGUGAAGCUUAAGGAGGGGAUGGUUCUAGAGUGUGUGUGUCCAUGGGAAGGGAACCUCAGCAUGGUCUCCUGGACCAAACUGAUCCGGUUUGAGAAGGCCCCUGUAGCUGUGUAUCACCCUGAGUAUGGAGUGUCCAUCUCCCAGUACUACCAGACCAGGAUCCAGUUCCAGAAGACCACACCCAUGGAUGGCAGUAUCACCAUCAGUAAGGUCACCCAGGAGGACGCAGGGCUCUACCACUGCUCUGUUCAAACCUUUCCUAAAGGAUCCUGGGCGAGAGACAUACGGGUGGAGGUGGAGGACACAGGGACUGUGGAAGAAGAGGGUGCAGGUAGUGAAGCAGAUGGAGAUACUAAAAUCCACACCAUAGAACCUGAGCCUGAGGUAAUCCAAGCAGACACUGAACUCAUCGCAGAGAGGAGUGACAACCUGACUAUCAGCUGCAACCACGAACACAACGGGACCGUGUAUGAGGUCACAGUCGAGAAGCUAGACCAUGGUAGCACCAGUGGAGUGGGCAUCAUGGCGAAGUGUCGGCUGGAGAAUGGUGGUCUGUUUGGAGUAGACUACACAGACAGGGGGAUAGUGAACUGUUCAGAAAGACUGGACACACGUCUGCAGCUCAAUGAUGUGGGCGAGGAAGAUGGAGGGUUAUAUAGAUGUCUCUUCAAUACGGACGCUGGGGUACAGACCACCACUGUGCUGCUGACUGUACUUAGCCCAGUUGAAUUCAGCCUGUCUGAGUAUCUAAUCUACAUUGGAGGGGGAGUGUCAGGACUCCUGCUGCUGCUCUCUGUCAUUGUAAUGCUGGUUGUGUGGCAAAGAAAGAAGAAGAUGAGAACGAAGUACAUAACCAAACUGCAUCCAGGUCAGAGACGGUCCUGCAACGACUAUGAGAAUGUUCCUGUGUAUGGCAGGAUGAGGAAGGGGACCAAUCAGAGAGGAGAUAGCCCAGUGUACGGCAACAUACACACCGUACGUUCACAUACUAAAAGGAAGAGAUAGGGAGAAGUACUGUGUUUCAGACCCCUGUCUGACCCCUAUCAUGCUGUAACAGUGGCACAGCCACAGUCUCCCCAUUGAAACAUUCAAGAAUAUGAUAUUCAACCGCUUAUAGUGUUCAAAGACUGUGGGACAGAAUCAUUCAUAUAACUGCAAAGUAGGCCAACUUCAAUUAAACUAUGUAUCAGUCUGACUUACACUUUGUUUGCUCUCAAUCUAUGCAACUCUGUGUACUCCCUUGAAACAUUGACGGUUUGUUUAGAUAUACAUUUGCCACUAAUAAUAUGUAAAACACUCAUGUUGUAUAAUAUAUUGUUGAAGGCUUUACAUGCAGUAAUACCGUCCCAUAACAAACUGUUAUUAAAAGCCUCCCAGCUCCAUUCAAUUCCUUAGUUAUUCCUAACUCAAUCGUGUGACAAUGAACAAACCAAUCAUGCUGUUCCAUCCCCUGGGAAUGCUGUGUUUUCCUGUUGUAGUUACACAGAUUGGGUCCUGUAGGUUCUUGUGGAAUGCUGCAAUGUUAUGUUAUCAUGGAAUUGUUCACAUGUUAAUUCAGCAAAAUUAUGGUAGUCAAUGGAAAUGUAUUGUACUAUUGUAUUUUUUCUAUAUCUAAGCCAUAGAUGAAAUAUUUCUUCUCUUUCUAGCUGUAGAAUCUAGAUGAAUGCUGUGAUUAGAAAUUCUUCUGACACUGUUGGACAAAAAUGCAAUUCUAUUCCUAGCUGAGAAUAAAAUGGAGGUCUUGGGAAUGAAAGAUGUCUGGGCUCUCAGCAAGAAGAGGAAGAGGAGGAUGCAAAAAAUGAAAGAAUAAUGGACAAUUUACAUUCGGAAUACAGGGUUUUAGUCUUGUUAAUUUAUUAAGCCUAAUUGUCUGCGUCGGUACAAUAGGUGCUAAUACUGUGUUUCUCUGUGACUUUAAUGACCCCAUGUGGACUAAAUAACACCUACUCUACUGUGACAUGAGUUGGUCUCUUUCAGGAGUGUUUGGCCGGGAUUCAAUCAAAGGUGUGUUGUAAACAAGGGCAUUGCACUUGACCUUUGAAGGUAAUUUACGCAUGUGCCGACAUCCGCAGCGCUUGCCAUGAAUGUGAUCUCCGCGAAUGUCUGGAACAUUGACUUUUAAAGCAUAUUGCAAUUUACUUCUCUACAAUGCGCUUUUGUUUGAACCCCUGCCAUAGCAACUGCAUUUAGCCCUGUUGCACGUUGGUUAAAUCGGCACAGAAAUGUAUUGUCAUAAAAAAUAAAUAAAAUAAAAACAUCUUUAUACCUUGACAA